AUGGUUGAGCGGAUCAAUACUUCUAAGGAAUUGGUCGAACUAUGUAAAGGAAAGUCUUCCAGUGCAUUGCUAAAGAGAUUGAAGGUCGCAUUGGUGACUGCGAAUCCAGUGCUUGCGGAUGCUGAGCAGAGAGCUGAACAUGUUCGAGAAGUAAGACAUUGGCUUCAGGGAAUCAAAGAUGCUUUCUUCCAGGCAGAGGAUGUUCUUGAUGAGUUACUAACAGAAGCUUUGAGAAGAAGAGUAGUAGCUGAAGCUGGAAGGUUAGGAGGACUAUUCCAGAAUCUCAUGGCUGGUCGGGAAGCCAUCCAGAAAAAGAUUGAACCAAAGAUGGAAAAAGUAGUUAGACUACUUGAAAAUCAUGUGAAGCACAUAGAAAUUAUUGGAUUGAAAGAAUAUAGCGAGACUCGAGAACCACAAUGGAGGCAAGCGUCAAGGUCAAGACCUGAUGAUCUUCCACAAGGCGGUGUGGUCGGGCGAGCAGAAGAUAAGCUAGCAUUAGUCAAUAUGCUGCUUUCUGAUGAUGAAACAAGCACUGGGAAACCAGCUGUGAUCUCCAUAGUGGGCAUGCCAGGAAUUGGAAAGACUACCUUGACAGAGAUAGUUUUUAAUGACAACAGUGUGACCGAACAUUUUAAUGUUAAAAUGUGGAUCUCUGUUGGGCUAAACUUUAAUGUCUUUACGGUACAAAAGCCGUUCUGCAGGAUAUCACUUCAAGCGCAGUUAAUACUGAGGAUCUACCUUCACUUCAAGUUCAGCUGA